AUGAACAAUAGAGAGAGAGGUUUGUUUUGUACACUCCUGAAGAAUAUCAAAGUUCCAGAUGGGUAUGCAUUCAAUAUUUCUUGUCGUGUUAACCUCAACCAACAUAGCAUAUCUAGACUGAAAAGUCAUGACAACCAUAUAUUGAUGCAACAAAUACUUCCAAUAGCAGUGAGAAAUUUGUUACCGAAGAAAGUUGUUGAACCAUUGAUUGAGUUAAGCAAUUUCUUCAGCCAGUUGUGCUCCAAAACUCUAGAGCCAGAUGGGUUAGAUCGUCUUCAAUCCCAAAUUGCUCUUACACUUUGCCAUCUUGAGAGAAUUUUUCCUCCAUCAUUUUUCGAUAUAAUGGAGCACUUGCUUAUUCACCUAGCAGAGAAGGCCAAGAUUGUCGGUCCAGUGCAAUAUCGCUGGAUGUACUUUAUAGAAAGGUAUCUUAUGACACUUAAGUCAUAUAUACAUAAUCGAAGUCAUCCAAAAGGUUCAAUUGCAGAGGGAUACUUAGUUGAAGAGUGUAUGACCUUUUGCUCAAGGUACUUGGAUAAUGUCGAGUCAAAAUUGAAUCGACCAAUAAGGAAUUACGAUGUUAGCGACAAUCCUGGGAUAUUACUGGGUCAUGCUUUAGGAAAAGGAAAAGGGUUUGCUCUUGAUGACACAUCAUGGGUACAAGCUCAUCGGGAACAUCGUGAUUUUAUUAAGCGGUCGCAUCGUCGUCUCAAAGAUUUUGAUGUGGAUCGCCAUCACAAUGAUGAGUUUCCCAGAUGGUUUAAUUCUCAUGUUGAAGAGCUUCUAGCUAUUGAAAAUGUUGUGUUGUCAGAUGAGAUUAAAACUUUGGCAUUGGGACCUAGUAAAAAGGCCACGAGAUUCAGUGGGUAUAUAAUUAAUGGUACUAGGUAUCAUACGAGGAGUCGUGAGUGGAGAAGAAAAACUCAAAAUAGUGGGGUUAUGGUGAAAGCAAAGACUUGUAGCUAUGCAAGUACUAGAGACAUGAAUCCCGUGGAAGGACUGAAGCAGGAUGGGUUUGGUUUCACACUUGUUAAUUUCAAUCAUUUGUUAUAUACAAAGAAACAAAAUAGCGACGAGCCAUUCAUCCUAGCAUCUCAGGCACAACAAGUUUUCUAUGUUUAUGAUCCCAUUAGAGCUGAUUGGGAUGUUGUAGUCAAGAUGAAACCUAGAGACUUGUAUGAGGUGUGUGGAGAACAACCAAUUAAUGAUGGAGAACAUCACAAUGAAGUGAAAGGAUUUGGCGACCAAGAGUUAGAUGCAACUUCAUUUGCUUGUGAAGAGGACAUAAAUUGGGUUAGACAAGGUGAAGUUGGAACAACUAUUGAUGAAACUAUUGGACCUCUUGGGAUAUCGACACAGACACAAUCUGAAGAUGAUAAAGAAAUGAUAUGA